AUGGAAUUCAAUUGUGUUCAAUUUCUUCAAAACAAGACGAUUCUUGUCACUGGUGCUACCGGUUUCCUUGCCAAAGUUUUUGUGGAGAAAAUUCUGAGAGUACAACCAAAUGUAAAGAAGUUGUACCUUGUGGUGAGAGCAUCCAAUAAUGAAGCAGCGACGAAACGCUUACGCACAGAGGUAUUUGAGAAAAGUCUUUUCAAGGAGUUGAGAGAGAAUCUUGGCGAUGAGAUUUUGAAUACAUUGUUGUCAGAAAAAGUUGUCCCGGUCGCAGGUGAUAUCUCAUUGGAUAAUUUUGGCGUGAAGGACUCCAAUCUCAGAGAACAUAUGAAAAAUGAAAUCGAUAUUGUUGUUAAUGUCGCAGCCACAACAAACUUUGACGAAAGAUAUGAUGUUGGACUUGGAAUCAACACAUUUGGAGCUCUCAAUGUCCUUAACUUUGCCAAAAGAUGUGUUAAAGCUCAAUUGCUUCUCCAUGUCUCCACUGCUUAUGUUUGCGGAGAAAAUUCGGGUCUCUUACCUGAAAAAUCAUUUGCCAUGGAAGAUUCUUCGGCAAAACUUCAUGGAUGGCCAAACACAUAUGUUUUCACCAAAUCUAUGGGAGAGAUGCUUCUUGGUAACCAUAAAGAAACUUUUCCUCUCGUCAUCAUCCGUCCCACGAUGAUCACGAGCACUCUUUCCGAACCAUUUCCUGGUUGGAUCGAAGGGUUAAGAACUGUAGACAGCGUGAUUAUUGCAUAUGGAAAAGGAGUGCUCAAGUGUUUUCUUGUCGAUGUAAACUCGGUCUGUGAUAUGAUACCAGUGGAUAUGGUGGCAAACGCAAUGAUCACGGCUGCAGCUACACAUGCUGGAGGUUCAGGGGUACACAUGGUGUACCAUGUGGGUUCAUCUAACCAGAACCCUGUGACGAUUGGAGAGAUUCAUGAGAUUUCGGUUCGUUACUUCACCAAAAAUCCUUUGCGUAGUCGCAAUGGCUCGCUCAUAACCGUCUCAAAAGUGAGGUUCAUAUCAACAAUGGCUAUGUUCAGCCUCUACAUGACCCUACGUUACAAACUACCUUUACAGUUAUUAAGAUUAAUUGAUAUAAUAUCUCCUUGGAGAAAUGGAGAUAUAUACGGAGACAAGAACCACAAAAUAAAGUUGGUGAUGAGAUUGGUAGAGCUUUACGAGCCUUACGUACUCUUCAAAGGCAUGUACGUAUCAGCUUCAAAUUAUUAG